UCUUAAUACAAUGCAAUUGAGAAACAAUGGAUCCCCUGCUAGUGGAGCUCUGAGUGCAUGGCUGUUUCCAUCAAACGUGUGGCCCGUGCCUGUGAAAAGCACCGCGAAAAAACAAUCCAACAUAAGUUACUCCAGUGGACAGAUCUUUCUAGCGGAAAAAACUGAUCACGGGUCAUCCUGACACACUUUGUCUCAUAAUUGAGCAGCUCCCUCAUUUCCAAAUGUUCUUCCAAGUUCUCUCGCUUCAUGCGUUUCCAGUUAUUGUACAUGCCGUUCUGGUUCCAAUAACUUAUCUAGCUGCGUCCAAUUCGUCAGGAGCGGGUAGGACAUUUGCGAUCUAUCCAUGUUCUAAAUUGUGUGUGACAAUGCUAUAUAGUUUGCCUGGAUGGAAGCGUUCCGGCUUAUCAUCUUCUACCGGGAGCCUCAAACUCAUGGCAUAUUUCUUUGGAGCUUUGGUUUCUGGGAAAUGCAAGGGUGGAGGAUGGUGUGACUCCGUGGUAUCCUGUGCUAACCGCGCCAAAGGUCACUGGGGAAGCUCCAUUUACAUGCAAAGCCCGACUGGAUUCGCAGGCUCGCUCAGCAACGACGCUUCCGUAAACCCGGACUUUUUCAACUGGACACAAGUGUUCGUCAGGUACUGCGAUGGAGCUUCUUUCACUGCUGAUGUCGAGGAGCCCCUCGUUUCAUCCUCCGGCCAGGUUUUGUACUUUCGAGGGAAGAGGAUUCUCAGAGCAGUCAUUGAUGACUUGAGAAGCAAAGGAUUGAGCAACGCGACACAGGUUCUUCUAUCGGGCUGCUCGGCUGGAGGGCUUUCGACUAUACUCCAUUGCAACGAUGUCCAGAGCCUCCUCGAUCCAGGCGUGACACUGAAAUGCUUGAGUGAUGCUGGGUUCUUCAUAAACACUUCCGAUCCUGGUGGUCACUACCUCAUGUCAAAGCUUUACAAGGACGUGGUCAGCUUACACAAGCUCGAAAACACGCUGGAUCAAUCCUGCAUUGGUGACUCAAACGGUGAUGCUACGAAGUGUUUCUUUCCUGAGAUCAUGAAAGCUUACGUCAAACCACCAUUGUUCUUGUUGAAUGCUGCUUACGAUUCCUGGCAACUCGAGCACGGCCUUAAUCUUUCGAGGGACUCAUACAACUCUUGCAUCAGCUACUCGUCAUGCCCACCAGUUGAACUCCUCCAAGGAUUUCGAGCAAGCAUGCUGGAUGCUCUUUCAGGUGGAUGGAGCUCGCUGGCUCUUUACAUCAACGCAUGCUUCACGCACUGCCAAGCAACCUGGGAUGCGACUUGGAACAUCCCCAAGAUCAAUGACAAGGCAAGUCUCCCCUGUCGCGUGACAAGAUCUCCUCGAGUUUGGAGUUUACUGAUGAGAUCGGCUUCCUGGUUUUUGCAGUCUCCAGCGCAAAGUGUUGGCGACUGGUACUUCGAGAGGACUGCCCAGCCGGAACAAGCUAUUGAUUGUGCGUAUCCCUGUAAUCCAACUUGCAUCCAGCAAGCUUAACCAAGGUGGUCAUCAAA